AUGAAUAUAGCAAGGGUCAUCUGCGGACAUCGCUCCGUCCUCAGCAAUGGGGUUGUCCCCGAUAGAAAGGAUAGCUUCUUGUCUCGGCUUCUUCCUCCUUCUCUUGUUCCUCCAGACAAUUCGAGCACCAAUCUGAAGCAGAUAGUUGCGUUAGGGAAACCAGAAAAGAAAACACUCCUCACAGCUGUCGGACUGAUUAUUUUUCCUCUAAAGAUCCCGUCACUUAUACUCAUUGCUCAGCAUAUGUUCCUUAAUCUUUCACCCUCUGUAGCACUUCUUGGUCUUCUUGGGAUAUUUACAGUUGGUGCCAUGGCGAACACGGGGCGGGUUCUGCUUAUGCGACUUGCUGGACAGAGAAUUAUAGCCCGGCUACGUCAAGCGUUGUACUCAAGCGCUCUCCGACAGGAGGUGGAAUUCUCAGAAAAGGAUCCUGGGGUUGGUGAUGUCAUGAGCCGCCUCAGCGCAGAUACGAACAUUGUCGGGGAAUCGAUAACCAACAAUUUGAGCGAUGGAUUGCGGUAUGUGACGAUCGAUUUUGGCCUCAUGAUCUAUCUUUCUCCAAAAUUGACUUUGGUCAUGCUCUCCGUCGUACCUCCCAUAGCGCUGGGUUCCUUUAUAUAUGGUCGUUACUUGAAGAGACUCUCUAACGCAACACAAGAAGCACUCGGGAAAAUGUCAAACGUAGCGAAUGAGUCGCUUUCCGCUUUACGUACCGUGCAGGCAUCCAAUGCCAGGAAAUGGGAAGAGAAGCGGUUCGCAGAAAGGGUAAACGAUGUACUCGGACUAGGACGGAAAGAGGCAUUGGCUAGUGCCAUUUUCUUUGGAUCCACAGGAUGGGCCGGAAAUUUGACAAUUCUUACAUUGCUUGGAUACGGUGGCACUUUGGUAUCAAGGGGCGAGAUUUCGGUCGGUGACCUCACUAGUCUCCUGUUAUAUUCUGCAUAUACAACGGUUAUGCGAGCUCUUGGAGCAUCAGCUCGUGUCUUCUCACUCGUCGAUCGCGGACCCUCGAUCCCGACUAACACAGGAGUCCCAAUAUUUCCGAUGCGCGAGGGAAUUGUACGAUUCGAAAAUGUCACGUUUGCAUACCCCUCUCGGCCAGAGGUGAAGGUGUUGAAGGACUUCUCCUUAGAGAUCCCAGUUGGAGGAAGCACCGCCAUCGUUGGCAAGAGCGGAAGUGGAAAAAGCAGUAUUCAAAGUCUUUUACUUCGGUUCUAUGACCCUCUUGAGGGGAAGGUUACAUUCAAUGGCAGAGAUAUCCGGGACUUCGAUGUUCAAUCGUGGCGGUCCUUGCUGAGCAUCGUGCCCCAAGAGCCAGUUCUUUUUGAGGGGACCAUUGCGUCUAACAUUGCCUAUGGGGCGCCUGAUACUCCUAGAAACGCAAUAAAGCGUGCAGCUCGUCAGGCUAAUUGCGACUUUAUUUGGGACAUGCCCGCACGAUUUGAAACAAAGAUUGGGAGAAGUAGCCUCAGUGGCGGACAACGGCAGCGAAUCGCCAUUGCCCGAGCCCUCCUGAAGCAACCGUCCCUGCUAUGCCUCGACGAAGCUACUUCUGCUCUCGAUGCGGUAAGCGAGCUUAGGGUAAAUCAGGCCAUAGAGAAGAUUUUGGAAUCACGACAUACAACAAGUAUCAUCGUUGCCCAUCGACUUUCCACAAUUUCGCGAGCUGAGCGUAUUGUUGUACUAGAAGAUGGGCGAAUUGUGGAAGAAGGGAGAUACAAGGACUUGGCUGCUCGACCAGAUUCUCGUUUCCGGGCUCUUAUGGAUGCUCAACUCGAGGCCACCAUGGGGGAAAAAGAAAAUGCGGCGUCCGAAGGAGCAGAUGACGCCGUGCUUGGGAAAACCCAUUAG